AUGACGGCCACAUGUACUCCAACCUUUGAGAUUCUAAGCUUUAGUACUCCAAGUUUUGAGAUUCCAAGCUGUAGUACUCCAAAGUUUGAGAUUCUAAGCUUUAGUACUUCAAACUUGGAGAUUCUAAGUUUUAGUACUGCAAGCUUGGAGAUUCUAAGUUUUAGUACUGCAAGCUUGGAGAUUCUAAGUUUUAGUACUGCAAGCUUUGAGAUUCUAAGCUUUAGUACUCCAAGUUUUGAGAUUCCAAGCUGUAGUACUCCAAAGUUUGAGAUUCUAAGCUUUAGUACUUCAAACUUGGAGAUUCUAAGUUUUAGUACUGCAAGCUUGGAGAUUCUAAGCUUUAGUACUGCAAGCUUUGAGAUUCUAAGCUUUAGUACUCCAAGUUUUGAGAUUCCAAGCUGUAGUACUCCAAGUUUUGAGAUUCCAAGCUGUAGUACUCCAAAGUUUGAGAUUCUAAGCUUUAGUACUUCAAACUUGGAGAUUCUAAGUUUUAGUACUGCAAGCUUGGAGAUUCUAAGCUUUAGUACUGCAAGCUUUGAGAUUCUAAGCUUUAGUACUCCAAGUUUUGAGAUUCCAAGCUGUAGUACUCCAAGUUUUGAGAUUCCAAGCUGUAGUACUCCAAAGUUUGAGAUUCUAAGCUUUAGUACUUCAAACUUGGAGAUUCUAAGUUUUAGUACUGCAAGCUUGGAGAUUCUAAGUUUUAGUACUGCAAGCUUGGAGAUUCUAAGCUUUAGUACUCCAAGUUUUGAGAUUCUAAGCUUUAGUACUCCAAGCUCCAGAACACCCAAGGAACACACACCCACAUAG